AUGCAAACUCGUAUAAUUGGUUCAUAUCGAUCUCUGUUCAUAUCUAUCUAUCUAUCUAUCAGUCUGUACAUUCUAUCAGUCUAUUCAUUAUCUAUCUAUUUAUCUAUCUAUCUAUCAGUCCAUUCAUUAUCUGUCCACAUAUCUAUCUAUCUAGUCUAUUCUAUUAUCUAUCUAUUUAUCUAUCUCAUCUAUUCAUUAUUUAUCUAUUUAUUAUCUAUCUAUAUAUAUCUAUUCAUUAUCUAUCUAUUUAUCAUCUAUCUGUCCAUUCAUUAUCUAUCCCAGUCUAUAUCUAUCUAUCUAUCUAUCUAUCUAUUAUCUAUCUAUAUUUAUCUAUCUCAGUCUAUUCAUUAUUUAUCUAUUUAUUAUCUAUCUAUCUCAGUCUGUCAUCUAUCUAUAUUAUCUAUCUCAUCCAUUCAUUAUAUCUAUUAUCAUAUUUAUCUAUUCUUUAUCUAUCUAUCUAUCUAUCUAUCUUAG